UAUUUGAACGCCCGGUCGGGACGUAUACGGAAUCGCGAGUGGCGGCUGUGGGACGCAGAGCCGCCGACGUUUCUUUCUUCUCCCGGUCCGAUUCCGCUUCCGAGGUCGAGGCGAGGUUGGUGUGGUGUUCUGCCACUAAGGCUGGGAAGCAUUGUCCAAGAAGAAAGAUGCGUGUAACAGGAUCGCUUCAACUGUGCUUACAGGAUUGUUACUCCAGUUGCAUGAUCCUUUCUCAUUGUAAAUAAGACCUGGAAGCAUGGCAGAAUCCAGUAUAUCCAUCGUCGGGGCCGAUUUAACAGUGUUAUAGGGUCAGUUGAUAGUCAGUAACAGCCUUGUAGGAGUCGGUGACACAUCGUCUGGUCUUCGGGCGUUGUAAAUAUUGUGUAGUAUCGGUCUGGUUUGAAGUAUCAUAAGCAUACAUGGAAAACAGAGGGCCUAUCCUGAUGCAAAGAUUUGAAGUAGGGAGAUUACUAGGACAAGGAAAUUUCGCAAAGGUAUAUUAUGCUAGGAAUCUUAGAACUGGCCAGAGCGUUGCCAUUAAGAUGAUUGACAAGGAGAAAGUAUUUAGAGUUGGUGGUGCAGAACAGAUCAAGCGGGAGAUAUCAGUAAUGAGGCUGGUGAGGCAUCCAAAUAUUGUGCGCCUCUUUGAGGUCAUGGCAAGCAAGAGCAAGAUUUAUUUUGUCAUGGAGUAUGUAAAAGGUGGUGAGCUAUUUGACAAGGUUGCCAAAGGCAGGCUACAAGAGGAUGUCGCACGAGGAUACUUUCAGCAGCUGGUCAUCGCUGUCGAUUACUGUCACAGUCGAGGCGUUUACCACCGUGAUUUGAAGCUCGAAAACCUACUAUUGGAUGAUAAUGAGAACCUGAAGGUAUCAGAUUUUGGUUUGAGUGCUCUUGCUGAUUCCAAGAGGCAAGAUGGACUACUGCACACUAUUUGUGGGACUCCAGCAUAUGUUGCUCCUGAGGUAAUCAGUAGAACGGGAUACGACGGUGCCAAAGCUGAUAUCUGGUCCUGUGGGGUGAUUCUUUUUGUGCUUUUGGCAGGUUAUCUUCCCUUUCGCGAUUCAAAUCUCAUGGAGAUGUACAGGAAAAUUGGGGGAAGUGAGUUCAGAUUCCCUAGUUGGUUCUCAUCUGAUGUCCGGAAGCUGAUAUCAAAAAUUUUAGAUCCUAAUCCAAGUACCAGAAUUUCAAUGUCAACAAUUACCGAAAGUAAAUGGUUCAGAAAAGAGACUGAUGACAAGAAAUUAAAUAGCAAAGUAUUCAUGGAUGUGUCCAGAGCUUUCAACUCCGUCGGUAGCAAAACUGAUGAAGGAAUGCAAGAGUCGGAUGAAGUCACAAAAUUGAAUGCUUUCGAUAUCAUCACUCUUCUAUCAGGAUUCAAUCUUUCGGGUCUGUUUCGGGAGUGGAACCAAGAUAAAGAAGCACUAUUCACUUCCAACAUGCCACCAUCAACCAUCAUCUCAAAGUUUGAGGACUUAGCCAAGCAUCUGAAGUUAAAGAUUAAGAAGAAGGACACUGGGGUUAUAAAAAUAGAGAGAUUGGAUGAAGGCAAGAAAGGUGUUCUAGCCAUGGAUGCCGAGAUCUUUGAGAUCACCCCUUUGUUUCGUUUGGUGGAAAUAAAGAAGUCCAAUGGUGACACUGUAGAGUAUCAGAAGUUGAUAAAAGAGGGCAUGAGGCCAGCUCUGAAGGAUAUCGUGUGGACAUGGCAAGGUGAUUAACUGUACUUUCAGAAGUGUCAUUAUUACAAGAAGCUCCUUGAUCAAGUAAUUUUCAUGCAACUUUACAUUUUUCUUAGGUAAUUCUUGGCUGUCAGCUUCAUGACACAUUUCCAAUCGUAUCGACACUCUCUACAUGUUGUGUAUAUAUGUAUGUUGUUUAUAGAUGUUAUUGGCAGAGAGAUGUUCUUCGGCCUCUUCAGGUGAGAUUUCACUAUGGAAGCAAAAGUUGCAACUAUGAGUUCCAACUUCGCCACUAGUGCUUGCUUAUUAGUGUAGCUUCAUCUCCCUGCUUUAAAUAGCAUAAGCUUGUUUGUUAUGGUCAUGAAUUUUAGACAAAGAAGCUCCUCCUCAGCUAGUGUUUCCGAUGGCAAACAGAGAGAGAACACACAAUCCUCUCUGUCGAGUUUGGACUCUCAGUUAGCCAAUUAAAACAAGUAAUGAUAUGUUGCCUGGAUGGAUGUAAGAAGGCAUUGUCUUGUUUACCUCUCUGUUUGCCCUUUAUAUGGUGAUUCUGAAACUGGGAGGACAACUCCUAAAAAUUCCAAUGGAUAUAAGAAGCCUUUUCCUUCUA